GCGUAGCGGACAUGGCGGGCUCCCGGCUCCCGCGGCGGCUCUUCCUCCAGGGCGUGGCGGCCGUCUUCAUGUUCGCCUUCGCGUCCCUCUACACGCAGAUCCCAGGCCUGUAUGGCCCCGAGGGCAUCCUACCUGCAAGGAAGACGCUGCGGCCGCAGGGCAAGGGCCGCUGGCAGCAACUGUGGGAGACCCCGACGCUGCUAUGGGAAGCGCCGAGACUGGGGCUGGACACGGCCCAGGGCCUGGAGCUGCUGAGCCUGCUGGGCGCACUACUGGCCCUGGGGGCCCUGCUGCUGAGCCCACUGCGUCACCCCGUCGUCUACCUGCUACUUUGGGCUGCCUACCUUUCGGCCUGCCAGGUGGGCCAGGUGUUCCUUUAUUUCCAGUGGGACUCCCUGCUGCUAGAGACUGGCUUCCUGGCCGUGCUGGUGGCCCCGCUGAGGCCAGCCUCCCACCGCAAGCAGGCCCCCCAGGGCGGGCGGGCAGGGGCCCUGCCCCAUGAAGACCUCCCCUUCUGGCUGGUGCGCUGGCUGCUGUUCCGCCUCAUGUUCGCCUCAGGCGUGGUCAAGCUGACCAGUCGCUGCCCCGCGUGGUGGGGGCUCACUGCCCUCACCUACCACUACGAGACCCAGUGCCUGCCCACGCCCGCCGCCUGGUUCGCACACCACCUGCCUGUCUGGCUGCACAAGCUCAGCGUGGUGGCCACCUUCCUAAUCGAGAUCGCCGUGCCGCCCCUGUUCUUCGCCCCCAUUCGACGCCUGCGUUUGGUUGCCUUCUACUCGCAGGUGCUGCUGCAGGUCCUGAUUAUCAUCACUGGCAACUACAACUUCUUCAACCUGAUGACGCUGGUGCUCACCACUGCGCUGCUAGACGACCAGCACCUGGCUGCUGAGCCUGGCCACGGCAGCCGCAAGAAGACGACCACCUCCUGGCCCAAGGCCCUGCUGGCCACACUGUCGCUGCUGCUGGAACUAGCCGUCUACGGGCUUCUGGCCUAUGGCACUGUGCACUACUUUGGCCUGGAGGUUGACUGGCAGCAGCACACCAUCCACUCCAGAACCACUUUCACCUUCCACCAGUUCUCUCAGUGGCUAAAGACACUGACGCUGCCCACCGUGUGGCUGGGUGUGGCCUCCCUGGCCUGGGAGCUGCUGAGUGCCCUCUGGAGGUGGACCCAGGUGCGGGGCUGGCUACGGAAGUUCAGUGCUGCAGUCAAACUGUCCCUUGUGAGCACUGCGACUGUGGCCUUGUUCUUGAUCAGCCUGGUGCCGUACUCCUACGUGGAGCCCGGGACCCACGGGCGCCUCUGGACUGGGGCCCACCGCCUGUUUGGCGCCGUGGAGCACCUGCAGCUGGCCAACUCCUACGGCCUCUUCCGCCGCAUGACCGGGCUUGGUGGGCGGCCUGAGGUGGUGCUGGAGGGCAGCUACGAUGGCCACCACUGGACGGAGAUCGAGUUCAUGUACAAGCCUGGGAACCUGAGCCGGCCUCCCCCAGUUGUGGUGCCCCACCAACCACGCCUGGAUUGGCAAAUGUGGUUUGCAGCCCUGGGCCCGCACACGCACAGCCCGUGGUUCACAAGCCUGGUCUUGCGCCUGCUGCAGGGCAAGGAGCCAGUGAUCCGCCUCAUCCAGAGUCAAGUGGCCAGGUAUCCCUUCCACAAGCAGCCGCCCACCUAUGUCCGAGCCCAGCGCUACAAGUACUGGUUCUCCCAGCCUGGAGAGCAAGGCCAGUGGUGGCGGCGCCAGUGGGUGGAGGAGUUCUUCCCACCCGUGUCCCUGGGAGACCCGACGCUGGAGACACUGCUCAGGCAGUUUGGGCUGCAGGACAAGAGCCCACCCCGGGCCCGCAGUGCCAACAGCACUCUGGCCCAGGCCCUCCACUGGACUCGCACUCAGCUGUCUCCUCUGGAGGCCCCCGCCCUGCUCUGGGGGCUCCUUGUGGCCAUAGGGGCUGUCAGAGUUGUGCAGGCCCUGCUAGCACCCUGGUCUCUCCGGUCCUCCCCCCUGGCACCAGCCAGCGGGGAGAAGCGCAGGCCAGCCCCCCAUAAAGACUCUGGAGCUGCCUCCGAACAGGCCACCCCAGCCCCCAACCCCUGUACCAGUAGUUCGCGGACCGCCCGGCGAAAGAAGUAGCUGUGUUCUCCGGGCCACGCAUCCUGAGAGGGUUGGGUCCCUGGGACUGCUCUGGCCUCCGGCAGGACAGGACCCAGCCACUGUGCCUUAGCUGACCCUGCAGGGCCAGGCACAGGUUGGGGGGCUGCCCCUGGGGUUUGCAGGGUGCUGCAUUGAGGGCUCCAGGCCCCACCCCCACGCCAGCCACGCCCCUCCCCAGGACUCCCACUGUUGCCUCUGUGAUUGGCCCAGGAGGGAAACACCACCCAGCUCAAGACCCUUCCCCUGCCCUGCGCUGUGGGGGUCUGAGUCUGGAACCCCCACCCCAGGCCCCAUGCCGGAGGGGAAGAGACUGACUCUCAGGGAAAGAGGGGAAGCACCGUCAUCUUCCACGUCAUCUUCACACCAGCCCAUCCUGCCCUUUAGAUCUGGGCACCAAUAAAGGCGUCUUUUGUGCUUGGCU